AUGGAUUACCAGGAGCAGAUUGAUGAAAUUGUGUCCACUGCCAAGUUUGGAGACUUAAUAGAGUUUUCCUACCCAAUUGGAUAUUCACACUGGGGAGUAUACGAUGAAGAUGGAUGUGUAAUCCAUUUUGCUGUUGCAGAUGAAGGGCGCCUCAUGAGCAACGUACGAACCUACCUACAAACAGUCCUCCCUGUAUGUGGGGACCUUCUUCUCGGAGAAACCAGAAUACGCAGGAUGCCACUUGAUGCGGUGAAUGUCCCCAAAGGAUCCCAUGUGUUAAUCAGCAACAAUCGCCAUGCCUGUAGGCCAUCCUCAGCAAAGGAGAUGAAGCAAAGACGCGAUGCUCUUCUUGAUGAAGAAUUCCCAUAUCGACUUUUCACCCUCAACUGCGAACACUUUGCCACAUUUGUGCGAUAUGGGAAGGCUGUGUGCAACCAGAUUCCUGGAAGAGUCAAGAACAAAGAGUGUGAGGAGGCAACAGGAGUGUUUCAGGAUAUAGUUACCUGCAAAAGCAUCUCUCAAGACUUAUUCAAAUGAAGUACGAGUCAACCCCAUAUCUAAAGAAAAACACAUCUGAAGGCUGAACAACUGCUGAACUGUUUAAAAUGAAGUGAAUUUGUGAAUGGUUUUAAAGUUUCAACAUUUUACAGAAUAUUUCAGGUGCCAGCUAUAAAAAAACAAAACAAAAACAAAA